AGAGAAAUCAACUUAAUUACGUCAAGGAUACAAUCUAAGUAUCAACUAAACCUUCAUAAGAUCUUUGAGGAUCAACACGACCUUGUUAAAAACUCAAUACUUCCACAAAUCACAAGUGCUUUAGACAAGGAAACGUUUCCAGUAGUUGAUAGCAUAAUUUAUAAAAUGCUACACCAAUGCUACCGACAUCAAAAAGAUGAAUUUAAUAAAGAACAAAAAUCGCCAACAGAGGUGGACAAUGAUAAAAGAAGGAAACAUCAAAAUGGACGUAGAGAUGUGAAAAGAAAACGAAGGGCAAAAACAAUAGAUCAUUUAUCUGAAGUAAAUGAUAAAUUAAUAAGAAAGAUAACAAAAGAAGACUUAAUAAUAUUACAGACAAGUAAUUGUUACCAUUUCCCAGAAAUCUCUGAAACAGAUAAAGAAUUGGUAAAAAGAAAGAUCGUGAUUUAUGACUUGAAGUGGAGAUCACAAGCUCUGAAAGAGUUGUUAAGAAAUUAUGUGGACAAGAUUUAUGAUGAAAUGGCUAAGGUGAAACCAACUCGGAUAAGAAGUUACGGACCAGGGUUUGCAUCGGAGGAUAAGCCACCAAUAAAUGCGCCAAAAUGA